AUGUCUCAAUCUGAAAGUGGACAAGUUCAUAUACACAAGCUCGUUACCCCUCGCGACCGCGAAGUGGAAGAAGCCGGUGCCGUCAUGAACAGAUACAGCCGAAUGAUUACGCAGCGUCCUACAGCUGGUGCUGGUCAAGCACAAUUGUAUGCAACGGGGCUGAAGGAAGAAGACAUGAGCAAGGCACAAGUGGGUAUCACCAGCUUCGGAUAUGAUGGCAAUCCAUGCAACAUGCAUAUCAAUGAUCUAGCAGCCAAAGUCAAGGAAGGUGUUUGGAGAGCUGGUCUUGUGGGUUCAAUUUUUAACACCAUUGGCGUAAGCGAUGCUAUGCCCAUGGGUAGUGCUGGUAUGUCGUUUUCUUUACCAAGCCGUGAUAUCAUUGCCGAUUCGAUCGAGACCGUCAUGAGUGCUUUAUGGUAUGAUGCCAAUGUUUCAAUUCCUGGCUGCGACAAAAACAUGCCUGGUUGCAUGAUGGCUAUUUCUCGCCUCAAUCGACCUGCUAUUGUGGUAUAUGGUGGUACCAUGAAACGCGGCAAGGGCACAUUGGGCGCUUGUGCAAAUCGUGACUUGGAUAUCGGUAAUGCUCUUGAGUGCAAUGGUGAAUUUAUUAGCGGCAAGAUCAACGAGGAGGAGCGUAAGGACAUUAUCAGACAUGCAUGCCCUGGCGCUGGUGCAUGUGGAGGAAUGUUCACAGCCAAUACCAUGUCAAGUGCUAUCGAAGCAUUGGGAAUGUCGUUGCCCUAUAGUUCAUCCGUUCCAGCUGAAGAUCCCGCCAAAAUUCAGGAAUGUCUACGUGUUGGUCCUGCUAUCCGCAACCUUAUUCAAAAGAAUAUUCGACCCAAGGAUAUCUUGACUCCAAAGGCCUUUGAAAAUGCAUUGACUGUGAUUAUGGUGCUUGGUGGAUCCACGAAUGCUGUGCUCCAUAUGCUAGCUAUGGCCAAGGCUGCCGACGUCCCUUUGACUAUUGACGACAUUCAAGCCAUCUCCAGCAAAACACCUUUCUUGGCUAAUUUGCGACCAAGUGGCAAAUACAUUAUGGAGGAUCUACAUGAUAUGGGAGGUACACCUGCUGUACUGAAAUACCUUUGGGAGAAUGGUUUGAUCCAUGGUGACUGUAUGACAGUUACCGGCAAGACCAUGGCAGAGAAUUUGGCUGAAGUUGAUGGAUUGAAGGAGGGUCAAGAUAUUUUGCGUCCAUUGUCGGAUCCAAUUAAACCAACAGGCCAUUUGACUAUUCUACGUGGUAAUCUUGCGCCGGAGGGUGCUGUUGCCAAAAUUACUGGCAAAGAAGGUCUGUCCUUUACUGGUAUAGCACGUGUCUUUGAUGAGGAAGAUGAGAUUUUCCGAGCUUUAGAAGAAAACAGAAUUCCAAAGGGUUCCGUAGUCGUGGUGCGCUACCAGGGUCCAAAGGGUGGUCCCGGAAUGCCAGAGAUGUGUAGGUUUCUGAAACCCACAGCAGCCAUUAUGGGUGCAGGAUUAGGCAAAGACGUUGCAUUGAUUACCGAUGGACGAUUUUCAGGUGCAUCUCAUGGCUUUAUCAUUGGUCACAUCUGCCCUGAAGCCCAAGUUGGUGGUCCGAUCGCUCUGGUUCAAGAUGGUGACGAAAUAACCAUUGACGCUACAACCCGCGAUAUCAAGGUCAAUGUAUCAGAUGAAGAGUUGGCUCAGCGAAAGAAAGCUUGGAAGCCUAAACCACCAAAGUAUACCAAGGGUGCCUUAGCACGCUACGCCAUGACCGUCAAGAGCGCCAGCGAAGGUGCCGUUACGGACGAAUGGUAG